AUGGCGCUGCGGCUGUGCUGCGCCCAAGCCAAGGCCGCUCCAUUCUCGCGGCGCGUCGCACUUAAUACUUUUACUUUUGUAAAGUCUGGGCAAAGCUACUGUAUGCGCUUCUCGGACGUUUUCGCGGCCUCGUUGGUAGUGCCUCUAAUCGCUGCCCAUGGCGCUGAUGAGUUUCAUGCACCCCCGAAAAUCAUUGGCCUCCCUUCCAAUGCUAUUGGUGCGUUGAGGACUCGAAAUGUCUUCGGCGGACAUGAAGCCCGGGUUGCAAGACCCAAUCAGAGCAAGAAGCUCGUUGCCCGCCAGGCUGGUGGUAACGCAGAGGGACGCUGUGGAAAAGACUUUGGCUGUGCCACUUGCAACGAGGGUUUCUGCUGUUCACUUGAAGGAUACUGCGGUAAUUCUGCUGAGGACUGCCAAUCUCCUGACUGCAACUUCGAGUUUGGCCCAGGCUGUGACGGCAACAAGGUACCAGGUGGAGGUAGUACCCGCGACACUCCCCGUACCAAGCUUGGAAACCAGGUAUAUGGUGGAGAGGGUAUCUACAGUUGCGUCCAGCCAGGCACUGUUGCCCUCACUUACGACGAUGGCCCAUACAUUUACACUGAAGAACUGUUGGACCUUCUCAAGACCAAGAACGCAAAGGCCACCUUCUUCGUGACCGGUAUCAACAUCAACAAGGGUGCCAUCGACACGACCGAAAGAUGGUCCAACGUCAUCAAGAGGAUGGUUGAAGAGAAGCAUCAAGUUGCCUCCCACACCUGGUCUCACCAGGAUCUGAGCGCAAUCAGCAGUGCUCAGAGAUAUGACCAGUUGGUGAGGAACGAAAUGGCUCUCACCAACAUUCUCGGAAAAUUCCCCACCUACAUGAGGCCACCUUACAGCUCUUGCACCGCCCAGUCUGGCUGCGCCAAGGACAUGGCCGAUCUUGGAUACGUCGUUUCCUACUUUGAUCUUGACACUGAUGACUAUAACCAACUUACACCCGAGAAGAUCCAGGUUGCCAAAGAUAAUGUAGCUAAGGGUCUUGCUGGAACCAACCCUGCAACAGACAGCCGCCACGCCAUCGCGCACGACAUCCACGAGCUUACAGCCCGUAACCUGUCUUCUUACAUGAUAAACUAUAUCGACAGCCUGGGCUACAAGAUGGUCACCCUCGGCGAGUGCAUGGGCGAGCCCGAGGAGAACUGGUACAGGACGCCUUCAGCUCGUACAGCCAGCACGUCGUCUUUUACGGCUCCCACUGUCUGCACUGGUUCGCCCGCCCCCUCCAAUGCCUCGAACGCUUCACCUACACCCGCAGCCUCGGGUGUAUCUGUUGAUGGAAAGUGCGGGUCCCAGUCUGGCUCGACUUGUCUUGGCUUCCCCGAGGGUGAAUGCUGCUCGCAGUACGGCUGUGCGGUACUGGAUGCCAGUCCGGUUUCGGAAACUGUGGUACUUCGAACAGCUUUUGGGUGA